UUUUUGCGUAAAAUGGAGUUAGAACACUCUGAUUCUGGGGAAUCGAAAUGGCUAAACACAACUUUAAUAGAAAGUUUUUUUUUUUAGUUUACAAUACUCAGCGCACCUUCCAUUAGAAAGUGCCGUGUAUUUCAUAUUUUUCAGCUUACAGCUGCGAUGUUUAUUAGAAGAGCUUACUGUCAUGACCGUAAAAAGUAGCGUCAGAGAGAACACGUGUCCAGAGAGAGAAUGGCCGAAAUUGCAAAAUCGACACUUGAAAAAACAAUAGAAAUAGGUGCAAUAUCGGCACGUAGUUCUAUUUUAAUCACGGAAUUACCAGAAGAAAUAAUGUUUUAUGUAUUUCAAUACCUAAACGAUGCAGAAUUAGAUUUAUACAGAAAAGUGUGUACCCAAUGGAAAGAUAUCAUCGAAAACAUAAUGUAUCAUCGAGUAACAAUGAUCAAAAGGGAAAUUCCUCGUCAUUUAAUGAAUUUUAUCGUUUACGAACCGGAAAAGGUACAUCAUUUCACUGGUUACAACGAUAAUUUUCAAUACAAUUCAUUCGUCUUGGGAGAUGAAUCUCUAUAUACAUUUGACUGUCCGUUUGACUGUUCGUUUUAUAAACAGGAACGAUUCACACGUAAAUUGGAAAUACCAUCGAUCGAUCCAUGCGAAUCUGACGUAGACGUUUUACCUGGAUGCAGUAAGUUUUCAUCAAUACAAGAAACAACCGAAGUACAAUUAUCAAUGUUUCCAAACAUUCAAGGUUUUAAUGUUGUUAAUUAUUCAUUCGGAGUAUUCGAUAACAACAUAGAUAUAAAUAAUGUAUGCCACAAAAUGAAUAUUCCGGAAGAAGAAAGAAGAUGCGCCAUAAUCUAUAAAGAUUUUACUGUAUUGCCUCAUAAAAACUACUACUUUACUAUCGACUCAUGUCACACACUCGACCCAGGUAAAAACAGACUUACAAUAUUUUAUGGGGAAAGAAUAAAUUCUUUCAGUUUUUAUAUCGAAGUACAAAAAACUGAUUAUGAAACUAUGAAAGAAAAAUUGGAAAGCGUGAAGCGUUCCAAACCGCGAAUGGUACAGAAGAGAUGUUUCGUAUAUAUAUUUCAUCUUGCGUGUGCAAAGUGCAUGGAUCCGACAAUUCAAGCUUUUAGAAAAGUGUUUCCUCUAGUCAGUUAUUUUACUUAUAACUUUUUUCCCUGGUCUGUAACAAUGAAUCCACCACAAGACCCGUAUGUUUUUGUAAACAACUUUCAAAAUUUCGACAAAUUCGCAUUAAUGGUUUUCAUAUGGUGGGAAUAAUUAACAUUAAAAUAGUUUUGUUAGAAUUGGGCUUUUAAGUAGUUUUUUGGCUCGCAGUUCUACACUAUACCUAUACACAAAUUUUAGUGUCAAUUCGCUUAUUGGUUGGAGUUACUCAGAUCUUUGAGUAACGCAACAUUAAUUAUGAUCACUUUGUACAUUUCAUCGGUAGUGCCGUACAAGAUGUAAAUUUUAUAGCAAUGAAGGUAAGCUGUACUCGCAAAACCGCUGUAAAGCAAACUAUUUGUCGUGUGAAUGGAUUAAAACCUGUUUGGAACAUGUGAAAUAAAAUUGUACUUACGCUAGUAGAUUCGUAGUGAAAACGUACUGUACAAUAAACAAUAAAAACCUUAAACCGUAAGAAUAAAUAAAUUAUUUAUUAAUUCGUCUAUAAUUGCAUUGUAAUGACCGAACAGUAAUCUUAAUAAUGGCCAUCUUAUCGUUUCUAAGUGAUAUUUACUUUAUAGUAGAAGUUGGUAGUUCUGUGCUCGUAUUUAUUAGGAACCGUUCCACACCAAUUGUUAACAGCCCUUUUAAAUACACAAAUUACUUUCUUUUCUUUCAAUAAGUGAUGUUGUAAUUAAGGUGCCAGCCUGCAAGCACUGUAGAUAUUUUUGGACAUAACAGUAAGAAAUGUAAUCUGAGUAAACUUUCCUUGUAUUGAGGAUUGCCAAUGGUUUGGUCAUGUAAAGUUUUCCUAAUUUUUUAAAAUGUUUUUAACAUUAAAGGCCAGUUUAAUAUAGAAAGUCCUACAGGGAGGCAUUUUUCUCAGAAGAUUGUUCACGUGAGACGUUGCCACAAACAAAUAUAUGAAAUUCAGAAGUAAUG